CCGACCGGCCAGGACUGACCUAUGAGCAGGUGCUGCGCGGCGACACCUCCUCCCAUGUGAUUGACAGCUUGGAGGAGGAUAAGAAGUACACUGUCAGUAUCUUUGCUAUCUACCCCCAGGGCCCCAGCCAAUCUGUCUCGAUCGUCGGCAAAACACUGAAACUGGUGCCAGUGCAGCAGCUCCUGGUCCAAAACGCCACCACAGACACCGUCCAGGCCCGCUGGGGCUCAGUGAAGGGGGCCACGGGGUAUCGCCUCACCUGGUCCUCCUCAGAGGGCCAUAGAGAGAAUGUGAACCUGGGGGAGACCUUUAACUUCUACAUGAUCCAGGGCCUCCACCCAGGCACUGAGUACGCCAUCACCAUCAACCCCAUCUUUGUGGACAUCGAGGGCCCUGUCAUCUCUACUCCAGCCAAGACACUGGAGAGCAGUGCAGUCCAGACUCUGAAGGCAUCGGCAGUGAGCACCAACAGUGCCAUGGUCUCCUGGAACUCUGUCCCUGGGGCCACCGGCUACAGACUAGCCUGGGGGCCCACUCCAGAGUUUGUGGGUCGGGACCGUCCUAGGCAGCUGGCUCUGAACGGCUCCACCACAGAGCACCUUCUGAAGAACGUGGUCCAUGACACAGAGUAUGUCCUGUCUCUUUAUGUGCUGUUUGGAUCGCUGGUGGGUCCCGGCGUCUCAGCUACCUUCCGCACCUCCCCUUUGGGAUAUGUGUCUAACUUCCACGUGACUUCCUACACCAGUUCCUCCAUCGACGUGGAGUGGAGUCCCGUCGUGGGGUCCACCGAGUACAAACUCACCUGGAACAUCGAUGGCAACACUCCCCAGUCCCAGUAUUUGGACCGCAGCGUUCUCUUCCACCGCACUGAGGGCCUCAACCCAGAGACAGUCUACAUAGUCAGCAUCCACGCUGUCUACGGCAACACAGAGGGGCCAGAAAUCUCCCUCUCACAGCUCACAGCGUCGGUGACAGAGUCAGAGCUGAUCCAGGCGGUCAAGGAGGUGAAGGUGGUGGAUGUCGGAGUCAACUCCUUCAUACUGACCUGGAGGAGAACACCUGGGGUCACUGGCUACAAGAUCUCCUGGAGCCCCUUCCAUGGUGGCGAUGAGAAGUCCCAGCUAGUCUCUUCCUCCACGACCUCCUUCACCAUCCCUAAGUUACAGGAGAGCUCGGCCUAUAAGAUCCAGGUGGCAUCUAUGGUGGGGGACCGAGAAGGGAGCCCGUUCCUGGUCACUGCACGCACCUUGGACCUGCCUAAAGUGAACGGCUUCGCAGCGCUGAACACCACAGACAGCAGCACUUCCCUCAACUGGAUCAGAGUUGCCGGGGCUUCUGGGUACCUGCUCUCCUGGAGGCACAUCUCAGAGUUGGACACCAAAAAGGAGAAGCUUGGCCCUUCUGCCAGCAUGUUUAAGCUGAGUGAUCUGCUGUAUGGCAGGACCUACAUCUUCACCAUCAGACCUCUGUAUGGAGAGGUGGAGGGACCCAUCACCUCUAUCAACCACAGGAUAGUGGCCAAGAACCGUCCUCUGGUGCCUGUCCAGUCUUUACCUGUCACGCCUUCCCCUCUCCUCCCUCACACCCUCACCGCCUCCCACCCCAACGCAGCCAAAGCCACCAAAGCCCACACCCGCUCCACCGUCACCAAAGCCCCCUCCAAAACCCCCGCCGGCACCGCAAAGAAACCCCCAAGCACCACCGUUGUCAAAACAGCUGCAGCCACCACCAGCGUCGGCCAUCUUACCACCACCAGCGUCGGCCAUUUUACCACCAAUACCAGAAACGUAUUGGCUUUGGAUACAGAGAUAACUGUUGGACCAGGGCCAGUGUGUGGCAGGGUGAAGGCAGACAUAGUGUUCCUGGUGGAUGAGUCAUGGAGCAUCGGAUCCAAUAACUUUGCCAAGCUCAAGGACUUCCUGUUCCGGGUUGUCACCUAUUUCCCUGUGAUUGGUCCUCAGGGCACACAGAUAGCAGUUGUGCACUACAGUGAUGAACCAAGGAUAGAGUUCAAACUGAAUGAUUACAAGAACAGGAACUCUGUCCUAAAGGCUCUGAGAGGAGUACACUAUGGAGGAGGCAACACCAAAACAGGGAAGGGGAUGAGCUACGUUCUGAAGGAGCUGUUCCAGGAGUCUCUGGGGAUGAGGCAGGAGGUGCCUCAUGUCUUGGUGUUGCUGACAGAUGGCCGGGCCGUGGACGAUGUGGAGCAACCCUCCAGGAUCGCACAGGCUUAUGGUGUGAGUGUGCUGGCCAUCGGGGUGGCCAAUGCAGACAUGGACGAGCUGAAGAAGAUAGCAUAUCCAGCCAGCUACCAGAACAUCUUCUACGCCAGGGACUUUGAUGACUUCUCCUCCAUAGAGAGAGAGUUCAUCAGCAACAUCUGCAGCGAGGCGCUGCUCUCCGAGUUCAGGCAACACGACGAGUCUGCCCAGCUGGACACUCCAACUGAUGACCCUGAUGAGCUGACCAAACCCCAGGGCCCCUGCUCCUUACAGUGCAAGGGGCAGAAAGGAGAAAGGGGAGAUGGCUCUGGUAAUGGUGGACUGAGACUCCAGCAAAACACUGCGAUGUUUGAGUCAAUUGGCCUCAAGUCCAAAGGAGAGAAAGGAGAGAGAGGACUUCCUGGAACAGAUGGUGUCCCCGGGUUGCCAGGACGACCAGGACGAACCGGACCCCCAGGUUCAGCCGGACAACGGGGUUUAGAAGGUGUUCCAGGUGAUCUGGGGCCUCCUGGUAUCACUGGUCCAAAAGGCCAGAGAGGAGAGAGGGGGGAGCCUGGGUAUGUUAUAGGGGGCAUAGGAGACGGCCAUUAUGCUCCUGGACGAAAGGGAGAGCCUGGAUCAUCAGGACCCCAAGGGGCUCCGGGUGUACCAGGGGUCUCUGGACCCUCAGGCCUGCCUGGACAGUCAGGUUCACCUGGGUCCUCAGGGAUAUCUGUUAAGGGGGAACAUGGGGAGGCAGGUGCUAAAGGUUUGCGUGGGAAAGUAGGGGCCAAAGGAGACAAAGGAGAUCAUGGUAAAGAUGGCCAAGCAGGGUUACCUGGUCCCAUUGGAAUUGAUGGUGUUCCAGGCUUCCCAGGUCAAAUGGGAUAUAAGGGAGAGGAGGGAAUCGGGGUUCCCGGUGUCCAGGGGCCUCGUGGAGAGCCAGGGGAGAAGGGCUUUGCGGGGGCUCUUGGCCAGAAGGGUGACGAGGGUGACAUUGGUCCCAUCGGUGCGACUGGACCCCAGGGAGUAAAAGGGGUCCAAGGAGUCAAAGGAGAGAAGGGUAGUCCUGGGUUCGGCAUUCCUGGACAGCAGGGACCAAAGGGAGAAAACGGUGAAAGGGGAAAUGUUGGCUUGUCUGGGAAACCUGGACCCAAGGGGCACGAUGGCUCUAAAGGGGCAGGGGGAACUGUUGGGGUCCCCGGGAAUCCCGGAGCACCAGGACUAAGAGGGAGAGCAGGGACCAGCAGGGCCCACUGGGGUUACCGGGACGACCAGGGGACCCAGCAGAGAAAGGAGAUACCGGGAACAUUGGUUUGCCUGGAAAACCAGGACCUCCGGGAGGCGCGCAAGGUGAACCAGGACAUCCCGGAGAGCCCGGUCUCAGAGGGGAGACAGGUCUGCCUGGACAAAGGGGAGAGCAAGGACAAAGAGGAGAUGAUGGCAAAAAGGGUGAUAAAGGUGAAUCGGGAACUGAGGGUAAAAAAGGGGAAUUGGGUGCUCCGGGCCCACCUGGUACCCAUGUUCUGGUUACUCAACAAGAGGGAGAGCAAGGGUGACGCUGGUCUUCCAGGGAAAUCAGCUGACAUGAAGCUGCCCUUGCUGAAGGCACUGAUUGACAGGCUGCUGCAGGACGGCAUGGAGGAACUUCUGCAGGAGCUAACCACCUCUAGGAGAGUCAAUGAGAAGGAGAAACACGGCUCCAACAUUAUCACUGACUACACAAGAACUGUAAAGUAUGAGAUCUCCAAGGAGCCUCUGACAGAGAUGGACACCAUAGAGGUGGCAGUUGACUCUGACCUAGACAGACAGCUACCAGAACCUAACUCUGAUGCUUUGAAUGAAACGGCGGAGGGCCCCACAUUCUGGAACCUCACCCCUCUUAAUGGUCUUAAUGGCGUCCAAGACGUGGGGAGGAUAGAGAGCACCUCUAAGGGGAUAGAGGGCACACUGACAGUGGACGAGGACUUCAGUGAAACUCCCUCGCCCAAGUUGCCUUUAUCAAACUCAACAUUUAACAACACAACGUCUGAAGAGACGAGUACAGAGGAGGAAGAGGAAGCGGUGGAGGAGGAAUUAUACGAUGGGGAUGAGUACAGUUAUGAAUAUGAGGUGAGUAACUGUCAAAGCCAGCACCAUGGACAGCUCUGA